AGACGCAACAUAACAAAUGUUAACAACAAUGACAACAACAACAAUGGUAACAGUAACAGUAUAGAUAUGAACUCAACAUGUGGCUUCUGUCGACCAGAGAUGAUGAACAGACUGCCAAUCAACAAUACCAUCGAGGAAUACGGAAGACACUACUUCAUAUGUUGCAGCGAUACACCUUCACAUCUCUGGCCAAGCAAGUUAAACAUGCUAUCACCUGGCAUGUCCUCACUCUACGAUGUCAUCAAGAGACAUGAACGACAACAACUUAGACCAUCACUAUUCACAGGCAUUGACACAUCCCAUUCAAACAUGGACAACUUUGACAUCCUGGUAUUCCCCGAGAUGAUCAAGCUGCGCAACAUCAACGCGGCAUCAAUGGAGCAUGUUCUCACCUACUUUGCCAACAACAACACAUUGGACACUCAAUCAUUCCCAAGCAAUAUCGACUAUGAGCCGAUCAAUGGGAGAUAUAUAUAUGUAUGCACACAUGGACAGAGGGACGCCCGAUGCGGCUUCUGUGGACCGAUAUUGGUCGAUGCCAUUAAGAAGGAGAUUAAGAGUCGAGGAGUCAAUGAUGUAAAGGUGUUUGGUAUAUCACAUGUUGGUGGACACAAGUAUGCUGGCAAUGUAUUACUAUUCCCACAUGGUCAUUGGUAUGGCUAUGUAACACCGGAUGAUGUUCCAGCCAUUGUAGACUCUGCCCUAUCUGGUGAUGUAAUUACCAGGCUUCACCGUGGUACCAUGGGACAACCGAUUAUAAAGUCUCAA